AUUAUGAUUAUGAUUAUGAUUUUAUGUUGUUUGAUUGUUAUAUUUGAAUUGUUACAUUAGGUCCCAUAGAAAUCGUUGAUUUGUGAUAGUAUAAUACGUUGCAAUGUUUCCGACACGUUUUUCUGCAACUUUGCUUGAGCGACGAAUAAUGCAGGAAAAGUAGGAAUAUGUUAUUUAGACAAUUUAAACGAUACGACUUAUUAUCAUCUAUAGAUAUUAAUUUAAUUCAUAACUUUUUUGCUGUUAACGUAAUGACAGUGUAGUAUAUAACAUAUGAUUUACAAUUUGAUGCGUUCUGUUAGAUUAAUUACACCCGCAACGUAAUUUCUAUAAAGUAAUGGAAUUUGCAUGAUAUUGCUACAGCUAUCUAUUACCUUAUGAUAUUUAUUAAAAUAGAUAAGAAUCAAGGAAUGAAUACAAGGGCCUCUCACACGAGAAUAGCAUUUCCGCUGUGAUUUUUAAAAUGCAAACGUCAUUAUCAAACCCCCCCCCCCCACCCCCCCGCUUUGUGAAUUUCCUGUUCCUUAUCAAUAACGGACCUCGAUAUGGCCUGUUCCCUUCCCCACCACAAUAAGUCUUGCAUCAAUUCGGGAGGAGGAUGAAGAGAAAUUUUAUAUGGACUCGAGGAAAGGAUAGCAAAGAAGAGAAGGGAAACAGAUGGUUUUCUUCUGGUUUUACCGUUAAUACGAAGAAGUUUCGAGAUAACGCACGUCUACUCGUACGAAAAGGAAAAUAAUUUAAGAGCGUUAAUAGGUAUUUGAGAAACGCCAGGUGUUUACACUUUGUAUAUCAUUUUUAUGGUAUAAUACAGUAAACACAAUGACAAUUAUUCAUCGAAAUAUCCAUUUAUCGAUUUAUCGAAGACUGCAAUAGACAGUAAAUUAUUCCGGGCCAUUUUCGCCCACACAAACUGCAAAAAUGUAUAUGAUUAUUUUGCAGACUGUACAGAGGAGAGGAAAGUAUACUGUCCUAUACCUGGGCAUUCAGUGAGUGCGUGUUGACAAGCACGGCCAGGGGGUGACUAAUGGUGCAUUUUAAAUAUUUUAGAGCGUCACGUGUUGUAUGACCCUGUGCAUUAUUGUUACAUUUCAGGUCAACAGUUUCAGGUAGCAACAAUGACAAGGGAUUCGGAAAUGAACUGCGAUUUCUACAAGUGUUAAAACCUUAAAAUUUGUACUUUAACUGUUACAGAUUUCUCUCUAUUUAUCUCUCUCUCUCUCUCUCUCUCUCUCUCUCUCUCUCUCUCUCUCUCUCUCUCUCUCUCUCUCUCUCUCUCUCUCUCUCUCUCUCUCUCUGAGUUGAAAUCUUUCUUAGUAGUUUCCGAGAUGUUUCAAAUCCAAUUUACAAUCCCCAUACUGUGACGGAAAUCGGCAUCAAUAAAGUGCAUAAAAGAAAAUAGUAAUAAUAAAAUAGAUAGAUAAUUAAAAACUGAUGUAGGACUGUGCAAUAGUUGACUGCCCUGAAGCAAUCGAUAUAACCCGCACGUGAAAUACGAUAAUAAUCUUACCGUAUCUUUCUACUCAAAAAUAGGUGUUUGAAAUCACUUUGUAUUGUCCACUUCGGGCUUCAUCUAUGAUCAAAUCUGCCCAUGUGUUUGUGUCUUUCUUAUGAUAUCUCCCUCUCCUUCUCCUUCUCUCUUUGUAUCUAUCAGUCUCUGUGUCUUUCUGUAUAUCUGUCUAAUUAUCUAUCCAUCCAUGCAUCCAUCUAUUUAUAUCUAUCUCAAGUGAAAAGCAAACACCAAUCACAUACGGAAUCAUUUUCUCGUUCUUAAAUAAAUAUAAUUUCAGUGAGUAUAUCAGUCGCAUAUUCAAUUCACGAUUCACCUGAAAAAAUAUAUAUAUGUAUAUAUAUAUUUUUUUUUUUUUCUGACCCAAAAAACAAGUAAACAGAAAUAUUUUUUCUUUCUUUCUUUGAAUAUUUCUUCGCAAAAGACGGCUUCUGUGAUCGCUCCAAGUGAAGACACCAGUAUACCUUUUCUCCUUAAUAACGACGCUGGGAUAGAGACACGUACUUACACUAUACCUGGAUGUCCGUGUGAAAGGACCGGCUUUGCCAUGGACAGCCUCCUAUCCAGACGCAAUGAAUCGCGAGCGAGACCUGAGGACUUCCCCGAGUGGUUCCUGAAGAAGUUCUCCUUCGAAGGAAGUUCCACCUGCUCGGAUUACGCAACACAGCGGGGCGGCGGCCAGCGAGUGGUGUCCUACGUGUAUUACGCUAAGGGAGGCAGAUCGGUGAGAGGGACCAUCGGUUAUAAGAAAUACCUCGGCCAGUUCUACAACACAGUCGACGUCAUCGGGAGAGUGUAUCCUGGAUGGAUUGUGCGAAUUCAUCACAACGUCACCAUACAAGAUGAAGUCGGUAUGGCAGAGCUUUGCCGUAUCUAUUGUGAUCAUGACUAUGUCGACCUUUGCCAUGCGCAUGAUCUUCCUGGACUCGGCAACAUGAACGAACGGAGGCUCACUGGCAUGAUGUGGAGAUUCGCCGUCAUGGGAGAUCCGACCGUCCAGACCUUUUUGAGCAGGGAUACAGAUAGCUGGGUCCUGGAUCGCGAGGUCGCCGCCGUGAAGGAGUGGUUGGCAUCGAACCGAACUUUCCACGUCGUGCAUGACCACCCUCGCCAUGGGCCGGUGAUUCUGGGAGGUUUCUGGGGAGCUCACAACAAGGACAUGAGAGCGAUGCAGGAGUUACGUGACCAGAUGUACAGCAAGGCAAAGACCGAGCACUACGGCCAAGACCAGAAAUUACUCAAACAAAUCUUAUGGCCCUAUGCGAGGACCAACGUGCUAAACCACGCCAGUUUCACAUGCAAAAAGAAACUUCGAGAGCACGGCCCGGCCGUGCCCUUUCCGACGAAGCGCGAGGGGGGCAAGUACUGCGGCUGGGGCACGUACAAGGUCGCCGAAGCCAGACUGGUGGCCAAUACUGUGUGCCCCGAAGAGUGCCGGCCGAAGGACCACAAAGACUGGACGCGGUGUUAGCAUGUUAUGAAAAGGACAGACAUUUCGAGCGGACGAACACAAUCGAUAACCUCAUGCGACGAUUUCGUGUGAUGAGCUUCCAAUAAAACGAAACACUGCCGUGAUAGAAACGUCCUCGUCAGACGUUUCGCAUAACUCGUCUAGAGGUCCUUAUCAAGACGUAGUAAAAAUCGCAAUGGACAGCAAUAGACCUGUUUUGAUGAGGAACUGUUGACAGGUUGGAAACGUCUCGGUUUUAUUUCCAUUCUGUUUUUAUGUGUACACGUUUCUGUGUUUGUGCUUGUGUUCGUGAGCUUCCAAGUAUUAGUGAACAAGCAAUGAAAAUGAGUCAAGAGAGUACUGCGACUUAAAUCCCGAAAAUAAGAAGACAUAUAGCAUACUCCUCAGAGAACUAAUCACGAGCAUUCAAAAUACAUUAAACCCUCUUCGUUCUUAUUUGUAAAAAUAGUGAUAAUAGCUAGUCAGUGUGGCCAUUCACAACCAUUUUUUUGAUUGAAAAUAUUUUCACACACAUUGCCUUCAAAUACCCUUUGGAACGGUAGAGUAGAAGAAAAUGAACCAAACCAAAUGUUAAUUAAAUCGCUAAUUUAUCUAUCUCUACUCACACACACACACAUAUAUUUAUAUAUAUUUAUAUAUAUUUAUAUAUAUAUAUAACUAUAUAUAUACACAUAU